AUGCGAUGGCGGGAGCGCGCAGACGCAGCGACAACGGCUUUCCACCAGUUAUUGCGGAACACAGACUCUUGGGUUUCGGGGUGCCGCAGAAACGCCACCAAGGCAAAGGUUGGCUGGCAUCCACUCAACGGUCGCGAGGCUGGCGGCGCAGAGUGCGAAUGUCAAAAGUCCACCACACCAAACGAGACAAAUCUCGUCAACAACGCGCCGGGUGCGCGGAAUCCUAGCCGGUGGAUGAUGCCUGACAAAGACGCCGAGAAGGACGCUUAA